GCCCAUCAUGUAGCUGCAGCACAGCCUUCCCUAACGUUGCAACUGGGGGGAAAAUCACUUUCCAGUCUGUUUUGCAAGGUGUGCAUUUCCAUCUGGAUUCCCUGAAAGUCCAUCUGCUGCCUCGGUCAAGAGAAACUCCACUUGCAUGAAGAUUGCACGCCUGCAGCUUGCAUCUUUGUUGCAAAACUAGCUACAGAAGAGAAGCAAGGCAAAGUCUUUUGUGCUCCCCUCCCCCAUCAAAGGAAAGGGGAAAAUGUCUCAGUCGAAAGGCAAGAAGAGAAACCCUGGCCUUAAAAUCCCAAAAGAAGCAUUUGAACAACCUCAGACCAGUUCCACGCCACCUCGAGAUUUAGACUCCAAAGCUUGCAUUUCUAUUGGAAAUCAGAACUUUGAGGUGAAGGCAGAUGACCUGGAGCCUAUAGUGGAGCUGGGCCGGGGGGCGUACGGGGUGGUGGAGAAGAUGCGGCAUGUGCCCAGCGGGCAGAUCAUGGCGGUGAAGCGGAUCCGGGCCACAGUAAAUAGCCAGGAGCAGAAAAGGUUACUGAUGGAUUUGGACAUUUCCAUGAGGACCGUGGACUGUCCUUUUACGGUCACCUUUUAUGGCGCACUCUUCCGCGAGGGGGAUGUCUGGAUCUGCAUGGAGCUCAUGGACACGUCCCUAGAUAAAUUCUACAAACAAGUGAUUGAUAAAGGCCAAACAAUUCCAGAGGACAUCUUAGGGAAAAUAGCAGUUUCUAUUGUAAAAGCAUUAGAACAUUUACACAGUAAGCUCUCUGUCAUUCAUCGAGAUGUCAAGCCUUCCAAUGUGCUCAUCAACACCCUGGGCCAGGUGAAGAUGUGCGAUUUUGGAAUCAGCGGCUACCUUGUUGACUCCGUCGCUAAAACUAUUGAUGCAGGAUGCAAACCGUACAUGGCCCCCGAGAGAAUAAACCCAGAGCUCAACCAGAAGGGAUACAGCGUGAAGUCUGACAUUUGGAGUCUGGGCAUCACCAUGAUCGAGCUGGCCAUCCUUCGGUUUCCCUAUGAUUCGUGGGGAACUCCUUUUCAGCAGCUCAAACAGGUGGUGGAGGAGCCGUCGCCACAACUCCCUGCAGACAAGUUCUCCGAAGAGUUUGCUGACUUUACCUCACAGUGCUUGAAGAAGAAUUCCAAAGAAAGGCCAACAUAUCCAGAGCUUAUGCAACAUCCAUUUUUCACCCUACACGAAUCCAAAGCGACAGACGUGGCAUCUUUUGUAAAAUCGAUUCUUGGAGACUAAAAACAAUGGACUCCAUCAGUUGACCCUCCUGUGGAUUGGUGGGUUUAACAGGGUGAAGCAAGUUCACUAAAGCGCCAAUAGAAACUCAUCUUUGAGAUAA